AUGCUUAGUGCUAUAUUUAUAUACAAUGCAAAGGGUGAUUUGUUGAUCAGUAAAUUGAUCAAAGACCAUGUUAAAAGAUCACUGGCAGAUGUGUUUAGAACCCAAGUCAUCAAUGAUCCACAUGUGAGGUCUCCUAUAUUGACAUUGGGCUCAACGACAUUUCAACAUGUUAUCAGAGAAAGUAGCGACAACUUGCCUAUGUGGCUUGUAGCAGUAUCCAGAUCGAAUGUGGAUAGUUCAAUGAUCUGGGAAUACCUACACAAGUUGUACCAAUUAAUGGAAGCAUUCGGAAUUAACGAUGAAGACGUGUUAAAGGAUGAAUUUAUGUUAUUGUAUGAGAUUUUAGAACUGACGUUGGAGAACGGCAUCCCACAAACAACGGACUUAGCUCAAAUAAUACCAAGAGUAUCACGAAAACCAAUAGAGAAUAACACAAUUAGCAAAUCUCCCGAUUUGGAUGAUUUCUUAUCCGGAUCUAACAUUCUAAAGGCUCCAAAGCUUUCAAAGCGGUCCUCAAGUUCAAUUGCCUUGUCUUCAUUAUCUGAAUGCCCUUGGAGGCCAAGUGGGUUGAAAUACAAGAAGAAUGAGGUAUAUUUGGAUAUCAACGAAAAGAUCACAAUAUUGGUAGGUAAAGAUGGGUCAAUUGUGAAAUCAUUUGUUGAUGGAUCCGUGGAUUGUGUAUCACAUCUAUCAGGUAUGCCUCUAUGCCAACUAGGGUUGAAUGACACAUAUUCGAUUCAUGGAAACGAAAAGUCAGAAUUGUCCAUUGUUGAAAUGAUGUCCGAGUACGAUAUUAAGAAUAAGAAAGCUAUACCGAAUGCGGCUGCAGGCUCUGUAAUAUUAGAAGAUUGUAAAUUCCAUCAAUGUGUCCAACUUAAUAAGUACGAGGCCAACCACGUUAUUCAAUUCGUUCCUCCUGACGGGCCAUUCCAAUUGAUGCAAUACCGUGUCAUUGAUAACAUUAAUAUCCCAUUCAACGUCAUACCGGAGGUAGAAAUCGUGAAGAACUCUACACUCAAUUACAAGGUAACGUUAAGAUCACUUUUCCCAUCCAAUGUCUCUGCCAAAGAUGUAACAGUUAAAAUACCUGUGCCCCCAACCACGAUUAAAUGCGAUUUUAACGUCUCUGGAGGAAAAUGUAAGUACGAUGCCGGAGAAAAAUGCAUGGUAUGGAAAUACAACAAAUACAAAGGAUCUACAGAAAAUACUCUGAGCGGUAAGGUGGCAAUCCCUGCUACUUCCCACGAUCUAUCUGAUUUGUUAAGAUGGUCAAGACCGCCAAUAUCAAUGGGCUUCGAAAUUGUAAUGUUUAGUAAUUCCGGACUUGUGGUGAGACACUUGAAAUGUCAAGAACCACAAUUGAAUUAUCAACCGGUGAAAUGGAUUAAAUAUAUCUCACAUUCAGGAGCAUACGAGAUAAGAUAUUAG